AUUUUCCGGGCUUUAAAUAUUUACAAAUUGUUGGUUUGAUAAUAAUUAAAAAAAAAAAGAGAAACAUAUAAACUAACACGGCCCAUAGAAUGUAACUAGUACAUGUUAAAAUGGAAUAUUUAUAGGUUUUAAAAUAUUUUCUCACAAGUCUCACUCCAAUCAGCUGUUCUUGUCAAAAUCAGCUGAUUUUAAACAUCUAGUUUUGUUUUGAUAAUUUUCAAAACUAAAUAUAAACAAAAAAUUUGAAACAUAUGAUUCAUAUGAAUAAUAUAAUCUGAUAUGUUCAGUAGAAAGGAGCAACUAUUACAAAAAACCGGAGAAUUUGGUGUAGGACGUUAUGACUUCCUUAAGCAAUUGAUUCACGAAUUUGCUACCACAAAAAGCUAUGAAUCAAAAAAACAAACAUUGGCUAACCUGGCAAACUUCUGCUAUGAUCCGAUCAAUUAUGAAUACAUGAAACAACUACACAUCACAGAAUUAUUUUUGGCACAACUAUCAGAGAAUUCAGAAGACCUUAUUCACUUCUCACUGGCAGGAAUUUGCAACAUUUGUUGUGAUCCAGAAUUCAAACAACACAUCAUAUCUCUUAAUGGGGUAAACCUAAUAAAACAGUAUCUUAUGCACAAAAAUGAGGAGAUAUCUGUAAACGCUUUGACGGCUCUGUUUUACUUGUUUGAUACUCCCGAUCCUUUAGUUCCGGCUGAUGUUCUUUCCAUAGUCAAUGAAUAUGAAAAGAGUUCGAACCCAAGGCUGAAAAACUUGGGAAAAGUGUUUUUGGAAACCUACUCUACCUCACCACCACCAAGAAAUGACUAAAAAUCAAUUUUUCUAUCAGGAAUUAAAACUUUCAAGAUAUCACCAUAGAUGGCACUCAAAGUAUAUUUAUAUAUCUGUAUAUGUAUGUAGAAAGGCCCAUAUUAACAUCUUAAAUAUUGAUUAGACUGACUACUUGCAAAGAACUACUUCAGUACUAGAAGGGUGCUUUAAUUAAAAUAGAAAGCAAGAAAAUGAAUCUGUGGGGCCAGAGAAAUCUCUUGAUUUUAAUUAGAUUUUAAUAAAAAACUAUUUUAUUUCAAACGUAUUGGUAUUUAAGGCGAGCGUUUUCCCAAUUAUUCACAAACUCGACAACCAAAGUUCUAAGAAUUUUAUGUUAUUAAUACUAAACUACAUAGAGAGUAACUUGGAAGUUACAGUUAAAUCAAAAAACAGUUAAACCAAUGGCCUAUAUCAUUUUUUACGUCUAUCUCAUUUCAUUUUACCAUCUAUUGGUAAAAAGCAAAAAAGUUUUAAUUGAAAAUGGUGGAAUGGUUUUAGUUCAUUGAGCACAUUGUAUUCACCGGCUGUGAGAUUUUUAACUUUGUUGUUCUAACAAGUGGAAAGUUUUAUUAAGAUGUUUAGGGUUUUAAAAGGUAUUACCAUUAAUUAGUUUAGAAGAAUUUUAUUGUGGCUUAAUCUCCAUAAGGGGAAAAGUUUUAUGGGAAUCUGAAGCUUCUUUCAUUGAAUUCCUUAAUUUCUUUUAUUCUAAUAUGCUUAAGAUUAUGUAUACACCGUAAAUACAUUAUGUAUGGAUUGAUUUUAGUAAGGCUUUCUAUUGGGUGGAGAUAAAUAUAUUAAAUGUUUUUUGUUUUUGUUAUAUAUUAUUAUUUCA